GUUUUGUAUUAUUAGAAUAUGACAACAGCAAUACCGUCUACUGCCGUAGAGGGCGCUACACAUCGCUCUUGUUGGUUGGCGCCCUUUGAGCCACGACACGAGGAAGAACAGCAAAAGCAACAUGGCGUCAUAAGUUGUCGACUUUGGGCGUGUUCCCUGAUGCCCCCUCAUAAUGACGACUGAGCCAGCCAGCGUGGAGAGGCUUAGCGUUCUCUUCCAGAAUGAUGAUUACAUCGUGGUGGACAAGCACUGGGACGUCCGCAUUGACAGCAAGAUGUGGUAUGAAAAAAACACAGUGCAGGCCCAACUAAGACAUCGCUUCCCUGAACUGGCGGACCCCGGCACAUAUUACGGAUUCAGGUUCUGUCACCAGUUGGAUUUCUCCACCAGUGGCGCCCUCUGCGUUGCCCUCAAUAAAGCCGCUGCUGGUCAGGCGUACCGCUGCUUCAAGGAGCGCACCGUCACCAAGGCCUAUAUCGCUCUGAUCCGUGGCUGGGUAGAAGAGGAGACAAAAACGCUGGACUUUUCCAUCGGCAAGAACACAUCAGAGGGCAAAACGCAUAUGAUGUGUAUUGAGGGAACAGACGGUUGUGAGAAUGCCAAACCGUGCCAGACUGAGCUGACGGUGUUGGAGUAUGGCCUAUAUGACGGAGAUCCUGUCACCAAGGUUCUCCUGCAGCCUCUCACAGGCCGAACCCACCAGCUAAGGGUCCACUGCAGCGCGGUCGGCCACCCCAUCGUCGGCGACUUCACCUACAGCUCAGGAGCAGACGACACCCCAUUCCGCAUGAUGCUGCACGCCUACUUCCUCCACAUCCCCCUGGACCCAGACCCCCUGCUCGUGUGCGCGGGCGACCCCUUUGUCUCAUCUGUGGACCCCAAAUGGCUUCCACAGCGCAGUUUACGACCCCUGAAGGCCACCGUGGACACCCUGCUGGAGAACAGGAUUGAGGAGCAAAGACGAACCAAAGAGCAGGAGCGAGAAAGAGUGAAACAGAAGGAGAAGAAGAGAAAUCAAAGUAGGAAACAGGAGAGUGAGGAGCAGAGGAGGCAGUGUGAGGAGUGGCUGAGAGAAUGGGCUGCAGAUUAGUUGUUUUUUUUU